AUGAGUAGCAACAUAUUUUUGGAGUGUGAAACAGAGAGAGACGAGGCAGGGAUGGAAGAAAAUGAAAGAGAUGCAGAGAGAUAUGAGUAUGAAAGAGAUACUGAGAGAGAUAGGUCUCCAUGUUAUGAAGAAGCAAGAGUUGAGAGAAAUGUGAGGGAUUUUGUAGAUGAAGAUGUUGAUUUGUUUGCUACACCUGUCGGCUCAGAUGAUGAUCAAGAUGCUAAUGAAGGAAAUGGUUACUUCACAUACAAGAAAGGCAGUGGUGAGCUUCAGUUAAAACAAGCCUUUGAUAGUUUACAGGCUUUCAAGCAAGCGAUGGUAGAUUAUGUGUUAAAAUAUGGUUGGAAUGUGAAGUAUGUCCGUUGGGAUAAAGACAAAUCUGAACUCAAGUGUGCUAGUGAAGCAGAAGAAGGAGAAGAAGCUUGUAUGUGGAGGAUAUACUGCUCCUAUGAAGCACCAUUGCAAAAAUGGAUGGUUAAAGUGUAUGUGAAGGAUCAUAGUUGCAGUAAAAGUGGGUACUCAAGGCUGAUUACACAAGAAGUCAUUGCCAAGUUGUUCAAAGAUGAUCUUAGAGACGACCCCAAGAUUAUGCCAAAGGAGAUAUUGGUUGAUAUUCAGAAGCGUUGGGAAUUGACGGUGACCAUAGAUCAGUGUAGAAAUGCAAAGACAAGGGCUUUAGAAAUGAUCAAAGAGGAGAAUGAUCAGCAGUUCUCAAGGCUUAGAGAUUACCGGCUAGAGUUGUUAGAGUCUAAUGAGGAUUCAACGGUAGAGCUCGAGACAUUCAACGGAGAUGAUGGUUCAGAUGUUUUCAAUAGAUUUUACGUUUGCUUUGCUGCAUUGAAGAAGACUUGGUGUGCUCACUGUCGACCGAUCUUUGGUCUUGAUGCAUGCUUCCUCAAGUGCACAACAAAGGGUCAGUUGUUAGCAGCUGUUGGCAGAGAUGCAAAUAACCAAAUGUUUCCUAUAGCGUGGGCUGUUGUUGACGUCGAGAGUGAAGACAAUUGGGUUUGGUUUAUUGAGAAAUUGCAGACGGACCUGAAUCUCCAUGAUGGUGAAGGCUUCACUAUCAUAUCAGAUAGACAAAAGGGGUUACUUAAUGCAGUAUCAAAUAUCUUGCCAAUGAUUGAGCACAGGAUUUGUGCAAGACAUAUUUACGCAAACUUAAAGAAGAAACAUCCGCAUAGAGCUGACAUGAAAGGCAAAUUCUGGAAGGUCGCCAAGAGCUACAACAUGGCGCAGUACAACAAGAGGGUGGAUGAGGUGAAGGCAUAUGACAUGAGUGUAUAUGAUUCGAUGAUGAUGAAGAAUCCCAAAAAUUGCAGCCUUGCCUUCUUUACUCCAUCCUCGACUUGUGAUGAUGUAAGCAACAACAUAUCUGAGUCUUUUAAUCAUGCGGUUGACCCUGCUAGAUCAAUGCCACUCGUGGAAAUGUUGGAAACAAUACGUAGAAGAGCUAUGUUGCGCAUUGAGGCAAGGAAGAUGAAAGCAAUGAAUCACAGAGGGAAGUUCAGUCUAAAAGCAAUGGAAAAGGUCAGCGAGGAGCAACGUAAAAUACGUCAUUGCACUAUAUAUCCUUGCGGAUAUGAGGUAUUUGAAGUGAAAGAGAUAAACAGUUCAUACAAAACGAAAAUGGUUGAUCGUACUUGCACUUGUCGAAAGUGGGAGAUGUCGGGAUUGCCUUGUCGUCAUGCCCUGAAAAUCAUUUCUGCAAAGAAGCGCAAACAAGAGGAUUAUAUGGCUGCUUGUAACCUCACCUCGACGUGGAGAAAGCAGUAUGAAACACCAAUUAAGGCUGUCAAUGGGAUAAACUUUUGGAAAAAAACAGGAGAUUCAGAGAUUAUUCCACCACCAACAGAACCAGAAUCAUCAAGAGGAAGAAAGAAAAUUCCUAAGCGGAUAAAAGGAAGGAACGAGUCUCCAAGUAAGAAAAAGACUAAGGUUAGGAAUCAGUCUCCUUCAAAGGUUUCAAGGGAGAGAAGGAUCAUUCAUUGUGGCCGAUGUGGAGAAGGUGGACAUAAUGCAAGGAAGUGCAAAAAUAUUGGAGUCCCAGUUCAAAGACCACCAAAGAAGAAGAAUGUCGCACAAGUAGAAGGAUCAAGUCAACCAACACAAAGUCAAGUGGUCGACUAA